AGGAGCCGGUGCUCGGGCUGGGUCUGACCCGCACCGAACCCCGGGUGGGGCCGGGAGCGCUCCGCCCUCCCCCUGUGUUCCCCCCCGCAGCCCCGAACACCGGUCUCCAGCCGUGCCUCCCGACAUCCACGAUGGAGAUCUCUGAGGAGCCUCCGACUUCUGUUGUGUUUAUAGACAACUGCCACUUCUCCCAGGUCAUCUUUAUCAACGUGGAGAAGUUUUAUGUUCCUGGAGGAGACAUAACCUGUUAUUACACCCUCACAGAGAACAUCAUUCCUCGAGGGAAGGACUGGGUGGGCAUCUUCCGGGUGGGAUGGAAAACAACCCGGGAAUAUUACACAUUCAUGUGGGCUCCUCUGCCCAGUGACAGCCAGCGAGACACCACCAUGCAGCAACAGAUCCAGUUCAAAGCUUGCUACCUCCCACAAGAUGAUGAAUACUAUCAGUUCUGCUACGUCGACCAGGACGGCAUGGUCCGGGGAGCCAGCGUGCCUUUCCAGUUCAGAGUAGAGACUGAGGAUGACAUCCUGGUGGUUACCCCCCAGGGACAACUGGAAGAGAUUGAACUCCAAAACCAAAACCUGCAUAAAGAAAAUGAGAAGCUGAAAGCAAACUGUGCGAGUCUCCAGAAACAGAACAGCCAUCUGCAGGAAGAGCUCCAGAAGACACAGGAGCUGCAGAGUACUUUAGAGUCUCUAAGGAGCAACACGGAGAAACUGGAGCUGGAGCUGAAUUCCCUGAGAAAGAAAAAUAAGCAUCUAAAGAGGCUGGAUGAUGGCAGAGCAGCAGAGGUGCACCAACUCAAAGAGCAAAUUCAGAGUGUGAGCUCUGACAAGGAACACCUGGAAACCAGACUGAAAACAACCCUGGAUCACCUGGACCAGCUGCAGCAACAAAAGGAGGACUUAAGGAAAGAACUGGAGGAGCAGAAGUGGUUGCUUCAGAUUCUGCAGGAAAAAAUGAGGAAGCUGAUGAGGAAAAUCAGGUGA